AUGAUAUUCGAGUUGAGAGCAACCCUCGAGUUAAAUANGUCAGGAUGGUCGAAUAUCAUAAGCAGAAAAUGCGGGUGCGGCGUUCAAGAUGAACCUCCUCAGAGCGAGGAAGACCAUGCCGAUGUUUUCAACCUGGCUAUCAAACCUUAUACACCCCAAGAAGCAACAUCCAAAGAUAAUAUCACCAUCGAAGCCAAUAAUAGUGAUAAAAACAAAGAUACUAAAAACUCCACACAAAAUGGCAAAGAAAAACCCUUUGAAAAUAAAAAAAAGAAUGAAAACAGAGAAGAUAGUCAUAAAGAGGCUAAAACAUGUGAAAACGGGAAUGAUAGUCUGAUGAGGGCGAUAGAAAGCGUGCAACGGACUAACGUUUCAAGUGAAAAUGAAAUUGAUAGUAGUGUGGAAAAACUGAGCGAUUUGAAAAUAAGCGAAAAUGCCAAAGUGAAAACAGACGGUUGUGAUACUCAAAUUAUUUGUUCGAACUGUGAAAACGAAAAUGAUAGUCCGGGAAAAGAUAGUAAGGUGUGUGAAAAUAUAAAAGAUAGUUUAAGAACGGAUAAUUUAUUCUGCAAUAGAUGUAGUAAUAUGAAAACGAGCGUCAGUGUUGAGUGUCCGUGUGUCGUAAAUAUAAGUGAUAGUGCUAAAAACGACAGUGAUAGUAAGCUAGAAAAUGAUAGUAAGAAGACUGUUGAUGAUAUUGCUAGUGUUGAUUUGAAUUCGGCGAUCGCGUUGAUAAAUAGGUACUGCGGCAAGCUACCGUCAGACACCUUCACUCGUCUCGCACCUCAGUGGUGGACGGAGGAGGUCACACUGCCAACCGGGAGGGCCUUCAUUUGCACCCUCAGGCUGCCUCUCAACUGUCCUGUCAAGUAUAACAUCGUGGGCCACCCGAUGCCGAGCCGAGUGCUAGCGCGCCGUAUGGUGGCGCUUCAAGCGUGCCGCAUUCUACACAAGUCCGGGGAACUGGACAACCAGCUAAUGCCCAUAGGCAAGGAGAACUUCAAAGCAGCUGACUUGGAAGCCCCAAACCCACUGUUGGGUGAGUUAACAGACAACGGUGACGCUCGUCCUGGAACUACUAAACGAAGGCAGUACUACUUCAAACGGACGGCGUCUGCGUUCACGGAUUGCCAGCCUGUGGUGGAUACGAGUGACUCGGAAAUAGAUCCCGCUGCUGAGAAGAAACCUGCGAAGAACAAGAACGAAGCCAAAAAAGGAACCAAACGCAACAUGCUGUACGCCAUAGUGUCAAAGCUAUGGUGCGCGCUUCCUGAACGAUACAACACGAGGGGAAGAAGACUGCACGCGCCGCAAAACGCUAGCCAGGCUAUAGGGAUACUUAUGGCGAGGGAUGAACCAGAAGAUCUCCAGAUCCCUGCGUUUCCCGUGUACACCCGGUCCGGGGAAGUCCGGGUGUCCGUGGAGCACGUACCGGACGCGGACGUCCGGUUGUCGCCACGACGCGGACGCCUUGUGAGGAGGUUCAUGGGGUUCGUAUUCGCGGAAGUGCUUCGAGUCAGGCGACUGGGCAUGAGUCUUCAGAGCGAUGCGUCCGCGCACAACAACUAUUACGUCGUGCCUACUAUAAAGA